AUGGAUGUGGUAUAUUUUAACUGGCUGGAUUAUCUUGUUUUCGGCGCGAUGUUGGCCCUGUCAGCAUUCAUCGGUAUAUAUUUUGCCUUCUUCGCUAAACGGAAACAGAAUACCACAUCCGAAUACCUAAUGGGCGGGAAGACUAUGGGAAUGUUUCCUAUAUCCAUGUCCUUAAUAGCUAGUUAUAUAUCGGGCAUAUCAUUACUCGGUCUGCCAGCAGAGAUGUAUACCUAUGGCACGCAACUUUGGGCCAUUGUGUUAUCUGAGUGGAUAGUGUCAGUAACCAUAGCAAUCGUCUACUUACCAGUCUUCUAUAACCUACAAAUAACGUCUACCUAUGAGUACUUGCGUCUGCGCUUUAACCAAAAUGUGCAGUUGUUGGGUUCAAUAAUAUUUAUUAUAAAAAUGUUACUCUACAUACCGAUUGUCAUAUACGUGCCAGCUCUUGCUUUUAAUCAAGUAACGGGUAUUAAUCUACACUUAAUAACACCAAUCGUGUGUCUUGUGUGCAUCUUCUACACUACUUUAGGCGGCAUCAAAGCAGUUGUAUGGACGGAUACCCUACAAACAAUACUAAUGUACUUUGGAGUCAUCUUCAUCGUGAUAUAUGGGACGUGGCGAUUAGGAGGUGUAGGAGAGGUGAUGAGGAUCAAUAAGGAUGGAGAUCGUUUGGAAUUCUUCAAUAUGGACCCGGACCCAACAAUUCGACACACCUUCUGGACUACAGUUAUUGGAAACUACUUCAGUUGGCUAGCAUCCUGCUCCGUCAACCAGGCCAUGGUGCAGAGAUGUCUCGCCCUUCCUUCGCUUAAGAAAGCACGCAUAACGAUCCUGAUAAUGGCGGUGGGUAUUUACGUGAUCGUCUCCCUCUGCUGCUACACGGGUCUCGUAGUGUAUGCUACCUUUGCCUCUUGUGACCCUCUGACAACUGGCGCUAUCCGCAAGAGUGACCAGCUCCUCCCCUACUUGGUGAUGACCAUCACUGGAUCAAUUCCUGCCCUUCCCGGGAUCUUCAUGAGUGGCGUGUUCAGUGCAGCCUUGAGUACAAUGUCGACCGGUCUCAAUUCCAUGUGUGGUGUCAUAUUUGAAGACCUCAUCAGACCGGCGUAUAACAAACCGAUUUCGGAAAAAACUGCAAGUUUUAUUAUGAAAAUAAUUGUUGUUAUCAUAGGAGCAGUGUGUGUGGCUUUAGUAUUACUUGUGGAGCACAUGGGCGCUCUCAUCCAGGCGGGGAAAAGUCUUGCCGGCAUCACGGCAGGAAGCCUGCUCGGUCUUUUUACGAUGGGCCUCUUUAUGCCUUGGAUUAAUGCCACUGGUGCACUAGCAGGAGGCACCACAUCCACUCUCCUGGUUGGUUGGAUGUCACUUGGAACACAGGCGGCGAUGUUACGAGGUGACAUCGUUUUCAUUCCUAAGCCAGUCAGUGUGGCCGGAUGUCCCGGAAAUAUUACCAUUCCCACGAUCACUUCACAAACUAGUAUUGAGUUUGACAGAUCGGGAACAUUUUUCUUGUAUAGGAUAAGUUAUUUCUACUAUACUUUAAUUGGAAUGUUGGUGUGUGUCACCACUGGGACCAUUGUGUCGUUCUUCACUGAGCCAAACGAGCCUGCUAUGGUCCAUAGAGAUCUUUUAACGCCAGUGAUUCAUCGCUUUUUGCCACUGCAAAGCCCUCAAUGUAUCAAACCGAGGCUUACCCAACAUGAUAUAGAGCUACACGCCAGAGAAAUGGAGGAGUUGUGUGCACAAGCUGUUUUCAUGAAAGAAAAACGCGGUGGCGUCGAUGAUUUACAAAAGCAAAAAUCAACCCUUGGACAAUAA